UUCAAACUUGAAGUGUGUAUCAGUCCAGUGACCGGGCCACAGGCACAUGUCUCCCUGCCUCUCAUGUUUCCUCUCUCUCUCUCUCUCUCUGUCUGCUCUCCGCUGUUCAAACCUCUGAGAGGGAAAAGAGACAGCCCCAGUGUGCGCUCCCCUCUCUCCGCGCCGCCGCCGCCGCCAGCAGGCUGAUCACUGUCUGCUGCUCCGCAUCAAGUCCUGGAAAAUAUCCUGCGGAGCCACGUAAACGCAGUUUGUUUCAUUAUAUAACCAGCAGAGAAAACAAAAAACUGCAGCAGAGUACCAGAUCUGGACCAAGAGAUGUCCUGCAUGCAGAAUAUGAGCACCUCACCCCCCCACAGAUCCCUGUAACCAAUGGCAACCUCAGUCCAGACUCUUCCUCUGACCCGUGGCCCUAACAAAAACUUCCGUAACCCUUUCCCAGCCCCGCCCCUCUCCUCCCGUUGCGGCAUGGGAAGUGUAGGCAGUCUGGUUGAGAGGCCGGAUGUGUCUCCGACUAAAGGCAACCGUGCAGUUCCCCAGGUGAGACCCAAACAGACCAACGGCCUCCUGAAAAAAAGCUUCGCCCAAAGAGAGCUACUCAACUACCUCAACAUCACCAGAAAAGACCCAAAGGUGAACUCAAGCACUGAAGGCAACAAGGACAUUAUCUCUGGACUCAGCUCUGCCAGCGCCCGUGAGGAGGACAACUUGUACGCCAAGGUCUACCAUAAAGACGGCACCGAGGUAGAUCUGACAAAGAACUCACUGCCAAGUGGGGGCAAGUAUGAAAAGGCUCGUUUCAGGUCUUCUGCCUUCAAGCCUGUAACCCCCAAAAAUUUCAGCUCCAUGCAAAACCUUUAUCCAUCUUCCAAGUCAGAGGAUGUGGACCACGGCCUUUCCAAUGGACUGCACAGAGCCUACGCCCAUGUCUCUAAAGCUGUCUCCACCUCGUCGUCCUCUUCCUCACCUUCCCGUCAUGGAGGACUGACAUCCAGUGGUAACAAGGCCCUGUCCUCGGUGCGUGGGAUGAGCCAGGAGGAUGAUAACAUGUCAGACUCGGGCCAUAACUCCAUGAACAGCUUACCGCCGUACCGGCCUCCCUUCCGCCCACACCUUGCUCACAUCAGCGCAUCGAUGGGCCACAUCAACACCAUCGGCUCCCUGGAUCGCACCUCUCUGGGCCCGAAGGCUGUAGUGCCAGGGGGGGUGCCCAUCGGGGAGAUGGCUUGUCGGAGCAUGGCAACCCUGAGCCGUCUGGCUCCAUAUGGAGGGGAAGCUCCACCUCCUUAUGAAUGGACACUUUCCCUGUCUGUUGAAGAAGUGGUCCGGGAUCUGGAGGAGCGCCUGGUGGAGAAAGAACAUGAGCUGAAACAGAUGAGAAGAAAUCUGGAUGAGAGCGAAGGCGCCAUCGCUCAGGUGUUUGAAGGGAAACAGCGCCUGUGGGAGAAGGAGGUGGAGGAGCUGAAACGCCUGUAUGCCGCCAAGCUACGUCAGGUUUCCCAGCAUGCCCAGCGUUCCCAGCGCAACCUGCAGUUGCAGCUGUUCAAGGCCCAGCAGGAGAAGAGCCGACUGCAAGAGGAGCUCGACACCCUGAAAAGGGAAAGGAGCCAGGAGACUGGAGCCAUGGUAAAGCGAACCAGUCCGACUCUGGAGGAAACGCAGUGGGAGGUUUGCCAGAAGUCAGGGGAGAUCUCUUUGUUGAAGCAGCAGCUGAGGGACUCCCAGGCGGAGGUGACCCAAAAACUGAGUGAACUCUUCCAGCUGAAGACACAGCUUAGGGAGACCCGUACAGAGCUGCGUAACAGGGAAGGCCAGAUAGAUGCACUAAAGCUAGUCCUGCAGGGGACACAGCGUCGCAGAUGCCCCUCUCAGACUGCACUUGAGGAUGGAAAAGAAGCUGAAGAGAGUCCUUCAGCUGGAGCAACAGGAGGGUGCGGGGGCUCCACGGAGGAGCGUCUGCGAGCGGAGCUCCUGCUGGAGCGCCGCCAGAACGAGGCCCAGGCCAUGGCUUUCGAGGAAGAGAGGCACACAUGGCAGACAGAAAAGGACAAGGUCAUCCGCUACCAGAAGGAGCUGCAGGCCAGCUACUUAGAGAUGUACCACCGCAAUGAAGCGCUGGAGAGGGAAGUACACCAGCUGAGGGCGAGCAGAGAGCGAGGAGCAGCAGGAGGAGGAGGAGAAGGAGAAGAAGGAGGAGGAGGGAGCAGAAAUGGGACAUUGGAAAGAGAAGUGCCAGAGCUAAGGAGUGAGAGAGCGGGUGAAAAACAAGAAGACAGACCUUCCUCGGCCUCUGGUUUACCGUGGAUAGAGAGAAUUGAAUCAUCUGAAAUUUGAUUGUCUUAUUUGCAAUGCAAACUGUUUUCUCCAUGUUUCUACGGAAACCCACAUCCGCCAUGAAAACAGAAGAAAAUAGACUUAAGUUAUGAGGAAGUAAAAGGAAGUUGAAAUUUGGACUUAUAGGACAAUUCUUUGGUCUAAGUUAUUAAGUCAAAAUGUUUGUUUUUUUUAUUAUGCAUAACUCUUCAUCUAUUUUUCUUCUUUUCCUGGUGAAACUUCCACAUGCUCCUCUCCUGUCAUUCUUUGCCCACACACCCUUGUUAAUUGUCUAAUGACCUUAUCGUGCAAAGACUGGACCUGUGACCUACAGAACACACUAAUACUGAGGGAAGCCGCACAGAAAUACUAUCUGUGCCUCGUCUCUCCUUGACAGAAACAUAGUGUCAAUUCUGUCUAUGGCCAAGCACCUAGACUGCCCUGCUUAAGACUUUUGUCCAAUUAUGAACCUGUAAAUGAGCAAAUUGAUAUGCUGAUUAUAUUUGUCUUCAUUUUAUAGUUACAGUUUGGUUUAGACUGCUGUAUAAUCUUGACAGUAACCAAAGGAUUCAAAGGGAUUUAGUGUGGCCCAGUAACACCUGAUCACCUUUUCAAUCUGUGCAGAAGGUUUACUGGAUUCAGGGUCCACCAGGGCUCUCAGAGGAAAGCUGCAUCUCUGGGUUAAGUAUGGAGGAUUAAAGCUAUCUGGUGCCAAGGUACUAAUGCUAUUUCUUUGCCAUCAAGGAAACUGUAUACACCACUAAAGAAACUGGAAACUUUUUUUUUUCUUACUCAGUUUCCAGCUCCCUUCAGGUGAGAAUUAUAUAUUUUGUACAUAUUGUAAUUUUGAUUUAAGUUGGCCUUUUGUGAUUGUAUUACAAGCACACUGUUGUCUUAAAUGGUCAUGUAUCCUUCGAUAUCUUUCGAUUGCCAUGAAAGCGAUCGACAGGUUAGGACGCUCAACGCGACUGCCCUGCUUCAUUGGUGCGAUUUGUUGCACAUACUCAGCCAAUAACAUCGAAUGCAUGACGUAAGUGAAGUUGUUUUCUUGUAUUGUUUAUUAUUAAUAUAUGAACAUUCAAAAGCCAGCUCUCAAUCGACCUUUCAACAUACUGUGACUAUUUACUGGAAUUAAAACUGUACAGUAUAAAUAUGUUUGUUUUGGAUUCAUAAUAAACAUUUAUUAAGUGGUGUAAAAGGCUGUUUAGUUGAUACUUGGCAUUUUUCUGGUGUCAAUUAAGGCUGCCAAAUGCUUUAUAGUCGGCUUUUGAUGUCUAAAUGUCUGAAUUCACUUGUGUUGGAGGUGUUAGAGGUGUAACUGAUGGCAUUCGCCCGAGGGCUCAGACGCCUCCCUGCUCUGAGUUGGCUUAGAGUCUGCACAGAGCGUGCCAAUAAAACCAAAGGACAGGAGCUUUAUGACAGAAUCAACAGGGCGGUGGAGGCUUUUGGGGCUAAUGUGGCUUUUAGAGGUUUAGCCUUCAAUCCUUAUCUCACCCUCUACCCUUAGCCAGUCCUCACAUAUCAUCUACACACACACAGACAGCAGAGAGGUGGGAGGUAACAUAGGAGGAUCCCUGUUUGCUCAGUUCUAUGGAAACCAUCACAUGUACAAACCAGAACAGAGGGCUAGUAGACUCUUGGCAGGGAUGAUGGAUCCGCACUUUUUGUUUAAUCCAUGUGUUUUUAUGUGUUCAUGGGUGAGAGAAUUAUAUAAAACUUUUAUAUAGGGUGCUAAUCUAAAUAGUUACGAGCUGUGGCUGACUCACAAGGCCCUCACCUUGGCAUUUAAAACAUUAUAUAAACUGGGGCUUAAUAUAACUGCACAGCUCACGAGUGGUUCACUGAAGUGGGAUGAGAAGAUUCUUACCUCACAUGUAAUCAUCUCUGUAGGAGGGUUGCAGUGCUGAAUACCAUCAGUGCUGCUCAUCUGAUGAAUUAACAUGAGUAUAAAACAUCAGUAGAGUAAAAAAAAAAAAGGUUCCUGGUGAAACUCCUCAAAUUAAAACCUCUAGUUUGAGAUCUAAUAAGACUUUUUAGUCUGAGUGUGGAUAAUACAGCAAUAGCGCCACCAAGUGGUGAUGAAAGAAGGGGCUGAGCAGCUGAAGGAGAGUGCGGUCAGUGAGUUACGGUAGGAGCGGUCCACCACCAAAUGUGAGUACACACCUCCAAAGCUGACUUGGAGUAUAAAUUUUUAUUUUUAAUUUCAGAUGCAAGUAUAUGAAACAUGUUAGAGGAUAAAUAUUUACAAUAAAAGUUGCACACACACAAAAAGCAGGAAAUGCAAACAUUCAACAAAAUUAAUAUGACAGAGAAGUACAGAGCGCUAGCGGUCUAUCCGAAGGAACACUCGCAGAAGCAAUGAAUGAUUGUCAACCAAAGAAAGAGAGAAAGGAAGAAAAA